AGCCAUCUGAAUACUAAGCCAAGGCAGAAUGCUCAUGAAGUAGCAACUUAAGUGGCAGUGUUAUCCUGAAAUCCUCAGGCAGCCAGACCGUCUUAGGCAAACCUUGAUAAAACAGUCCUUAUCCAGGUUUUUAUCUAAGGAAUCCCGAGUAGACUGGAGAAUGGAGAGACAGCAAAGGUUCAUGUCAGAGAGGGACGAGUAUCAGUUUCAACAUCAGGGAGCGGUGGAGCUGCUUGUCUUUAAUUUUUUGCUCAUCCUUACCAUUUUGACAAUCUGGUUAUUUAAAAAUCAUCGAUUUCGCUUCUUGCAUGAAACCGGAGGAGCGAUGGUGUACGGCCUUGUAAUGGGAUUAAUUUUACGAUACGCUACAGCACCAACUGAUAUUGAAAGUGGAACUGUGUAUGAUUGUGGAAAACUGGUCUUCAGCCCUUCAACUCUGCUGAUUAAUAUCACUGACCAAGUUUAUGAAUAUAAAUACAAGAGAGAAAUAAGCCGGCACAACAUCAAUCCUCAUCAAGGCAACGCUAUACUUGAAAAGAUGACAUUUGAUCCAGAAAUCUUCUUCAAUGUUUUACUGCCACCAAUUAUAUUUCAUGCCGGAUAUAGCCUAAAGAAGAGACACUUUUUUCAGAACUUAGGAUCUAUUUUAACAUAUGCCUUCUUGGGAACUGCCAUCUCCUGUAUCGUCAUAGGGUUAAUUAUGUAUGGCUUUGUGAAGGCCAUGGUAUAUGCUGACCAGCUGAAAAAUGGAGACUUUCAUUUCACUGACUGUUUGUUUUUUGGUUCACUGAUGUCUGCUACAGAUCCAGUGACGGUGUUGGCCAUUUUCCAUGAACUGCAUGUCGACCCCGACCUGUACACACUCUUGUUUGGGGAGAGUGUGUUGAAUGAUGCAGUUGCCAUAGUCCUUACAUAUUCUAUAUCCAUUUACAGUCCCAAGGAGAAUCCGAACGCAUUUGAUGCUGCAGCAUUCUUCCAGUCCGUGGGGAAUUUCCUGGGGAUCUUCGCCGGCUCAUUUGCAAUGGGGUCUGCGUAUGCUGUUGUCACGGCACUGUUGACCAAAUUUACCAAACUGUGUGAGUUCCCUAUGCUGGAAACGGGCCUGUUUUUCCUCCUGUCUUGGAGCGCCUUCCUGUCUGCCGAGGCCGCUGGCCUAACAGGGAUAGUUGCUGUUCUCUUCUGUGGAGUCACACAGGCACAUUACACCUACAACAAUCUGUCGUUGGAUUCCAAAAUGAGGACUAAACAGUUGUUUGAAUUUAUGAACUUCUUGGCUGAGAACGUCAUCUUCUGUUACAUGGGCCUGGCGCUGUUCACGUUCCAGAAUCAUAUCUUUAAUGCUCUUUUCAUACUUGGAGCCUUUCUAGCAAUUUUUGUAGCCAGAGCAUGCAACAUAUAUCCCCUCUCCUUCCUCCUGAAUCUGGGCCGGAAACACAAGAUCCCCUGGAACUUUCAGCACAUGAUGAUGUUUUCAGGUUUGCGAGGAGCGAUAGCUUUUGCCUUAGCUAUUCGGAACACAGAAUCUCAGCCCAAGCAAAUGAUGUUUACCACCACUCUGCUCCUCGUGUUCUUCACAGUCUGGGUAUUCGGAGGAGGAACAACCCCCAUGCUGACUUGGCUUCAGAUCAGGGUUGGUGUGGACCCGGAUGAGGAUCCGAAGGAGCCCUCUUCACACCAGGAAGCAAACAACUCUGGCAAAAGCACGACGAAAACAGAGACUGCCUGGCUCUUCAGAAUGUGGUACAGCUUUGACCACAAAUAUCUGAAACCAAUUUUAACCCACUCUGGUCCUCCGCUGACCACAACAUUACCUGAAUGGUGCGGCCCAAUUUCCAGACUGCUCACCAGUCCUCAGGCCUAUGGGGAACAGCUCAAAGAGGACGAUGUAGAAUGUAUUGUAAACCAGGAUGAACUGGCCAUGAAUUACCAGGAGCAAGCGACCUCACCCUGCAGCCCUCCUGCAAGGCCGGGUCUGGACCAGAAAGCUUCACCCCAGACUCCAAGCAAGGAAAACAUUUAUGAGGGGGACCUUGGCCUAGGAGGCUACGGACUCAAGCUUGAGCAAACUCCGGGUCAGUCCCAGCUGAAUUAAUGGGCGUGAACAGCACCGAGGUAAUCACAGGUAAUGGAGGGAUCACUGAGGAUCAAGCCAAGCCGAUGAGGCUGCGUGGAGGAGAGGCUGGAAGAUGUACGAAGAGCAUCAAUUGGAGAGAUUCAAAACCUUAUCACGUGUAUCCUCUGGUGCCUGCAGAAAUGAGAAUUUAUUAUCAUCCCUCUAUAUUACGCAACUGCAUUUAAGUUUUGACAGCGCCAUUUUUAUUAAUGAAUUGGGUGGGGUGGGAAGGAUGCAGAGGGGAGGGAGGGAGGAGUCUAGCUGCUGGGAGGAUGAAACAGAUGUGCUGUGUCUGCAGGGUGUUUCUUUUCUGUGUGCAGCUCUCUGGGCCCUUCACUCAGAUUUGGGAUUCUAUUCCCUUCAUUAAGGAGAGUUUAAAAAUCAGAAAAAGAGGGCUUCCCUGGUGGCGCAGUGGUUGAGAGUCCGCCUGCCGAUGCAGGGGACACGGGUUCGUGCCCCGGUCCGGGAAGA